AUGAGUGCACCAACUGCAUUAAAACCUACAGAUGAUAUAGAUCAAAUAGAUCAAGAACAACCAACAAGUAAAAUAAUAUCACAAUUUUCGAACUCACAUCCACAACAACAAGAAGACGAUGAUGAAGAAAUGCUCAUAGAUACAGAAUUAGUCCCACUCACAACCAACGAACCAAACACACAAUCCACAACAUUAUCAGCAGACAUAGAUGAACUGGGAAAACCUAAAUUUACAUCAGAAUCAAAUACAAAUAUGAAAGUUAAACUAGAAAGUAGGAAAGUCCCAGUUCCACCACAUAGGAUGACUCCAUUAAAAAAUGUAUGGACUAAGAUAUAUCCACCAUUAGUUGAUCAUUUAAAAUUACAAGUUAGAAUGAAUUUAAAAACAAAAACUGUUGAAUUAAGAACUAAUAAAUUUACAACUGAUCCAGGUGCAUUACAAAAGGGAGCAGAUUUUGUAAAAGCUUUUACUUUAGGUUUUGAUGUUGAUGAUGCUAUUGCUUUGCUAAGAUUAGAUGAUUUAUAUAUUGAAACAUUUGAAAUAAAAGAUGUUAAAACUUUGACUGGUGAUCAUUUAAGUAGAGCUAUUGGUAGAAUUGCUGGUAAAGAUGGUAAAACCAAAUUUGCUAUCGAAAAUGCUACUAGAACAAGAAUUGUUUUAGCUGAUUCCAAGAUUCAUAUUUUAGGAGGUUUCACUCAUAUACGAAUGGCAAGAGAAGCCGUUGUUUCUUUGAUUUUGGGAUCACCACCUGGUAAAGUUUAUGGAAAUUUAAGAACUGUUGCAAGUAGAAUGAAAGAAAGAUAUUAG